AUGUUCCCCUGGAAAACAGUUCAAGCUUCCUUCAUCAGUGACGGUCUCAUAGUCACGAAAAAACCUUUGUCAACCGUCGUCGUCCAUGAUGAUCAAACCCGAGGGCACCACCCUCCACGUGGCCCUUCAACCCUUCUCGCCUCCCUGGGGAUACAUCCUCAGUGCACGUGUGGAGCCACUCUCCAUGCACAUGUCUACAUUGCCGUGGCGGAGGACGGGCUGGAGCAAGGCUCGGAAGGGCCCUUCCAGGAGCGGGAAGAGGAGGAGGUAGGGGCGUGGCUUUUUAGGAUCAUCAUUUGGGUUGUGUGCUCCACGUCGGGGCCAUUGCUUCCUGACCAGUGGGUGCUCCACCUCAGCUUGAACCUGAAUAUGCUCGUAAACCUGAUGCCUCUCACUUUGCCGAUGGGAGUCACGUACCGGAUGCGUGAUUCGUGA